UGAGGGAUGAGAAAAGAAUUCAAACAUGAUUGGCUAUUGUUUUUUCCAAAAAGGCUAAAUUUCAAAAUUCUUUGCGUAAGUCAAGCUAUUCGGAGAAGAAAACAUCAAAAUUUUCAGUCAAAAUGCAAUUGCCAUGUGAAUAUGAGUUUUCCAGAGGUAAUGGGACAGGAGUUGCUGAGGCCAUAGGCAACUGGGGUUUCUCCAACUGCAGUCCAAGUGGUAAUGAGGGUGGAGUUGAUCGAAUGAGAUGUCUGUUCGAGGAGAUAAAAAAAUCAAAAACCUCUAAUCAACCGAUGAUGGUCAAGUACAACCCCCUAGACGAUCCUGGGGCAUGGCACGUGUGCCCUAGCCCUCACGAGUGCAAACCCCAUUGGACAUUCCCGGAAAAACGACCCCUCAUCACAUUCAGCUCAACUGUCGAGACUAUCCCAGUAUCGAGUUAUCUAUCGGUGAAGCAGGAGAUGUUAAAUCCCAUCCCAGGGCGCAAAUAUCUCUGGGAUAAAACGUUUACGCCCAAGUGGUAUAAAGUUGAUGGAACGAGGUGCUGUUUACCAACGAGUCAUUAUCCAGCGUGUUAAUAAUAAAAAUAGUGUGGAAUGUCAUAUCUGUUUUCUCCAUGAGCGAAAUAAAAAUAAUGAAUAUUAA